AUGGUCCGGCCCUUUAAGACGCAGCAGCGGGUCAGCAAGUGGUGUAGUGUUUCUCUAAUUGAACUUCGCCCAAUCAACAAUAACUCGUUAGCAGUCGCUUUCUUUUUCUUGCUGCUUGAGACAGCUUUUUCCCCCUUGCAGGGAUUCACCCCCUCCAGUCUGUUACUUCCUAAAGAUCUACAUGGAGCUUGGCAGAGGAGCUGCGACUCUCUGAGGGGGAAUACAGUCCGGCUGCCUUUACAACUACGCCCGAAGCAUGGUUAUUUUGGAGGAAAGCUCUCAGGCGAGCUAAGUUGCGGCAUUCGGCUUUAAGUGUGAAAAUAUAGAGGGGUCUACGAGAACGCCGAGCACCAGAGGAAACACUUGUGGACGCUUAAAACUGCCAUUUGAAUGAAAUAAUCAACUUUUCUGGAAGCAGCGAUUCUUCGGGACUGCGAUGACCUCCAGUAAAGACAUGAAGGCAGGCUCAGUGUUACAGUCAAGCGGCGAGGAGAGGAGACGGGCUCCCUUGGACCAGCUGCCACCACCGGCCAACUCCAACAAGCCUUUGACGCCGUUCAGCAUUGAGGAUAUCCUUAACAAACCAUCGGUAAAGAAGUCAGUCGCCAGUAUCUGUCCGCCGAGAGUGCUGGAGAAAGUAACGGGGUCUAACUCUGCGAGGAACGGGAUCACCACUCCCUCCUCGCCGCUGUGCGCACUGGAGGAGCUCGCCAGCAAAACGUUUAAGGGUCUAGAAGUCAGCGUUAUCCAGGCAGCAGAAGGUAAAGACUGUCGUGAGCAUGUCAACGCUUUCGGACAGAGGCAGACGUCGAAAAAGAGGAGAAAGUCUCGGACAGCCUUCACAAACCACCAGAUUUACGAGCUGGAGAAGAGGUUUUUGUACCAGAAGUACCUUUCUCCGGCCGACCGCGACCAAAUCGCGCAGCAGCUGGGGCUCUCCAACGCGCAGGUGAUCACCUGGUUUCAGAACCGCAGGGCCAAACUCAAGCGGGACCUGGAGGAGAUGAAAGCGGACGUGGAGUCGCUAAAGAAAAUCAACCCACAGACCCUGCAAAAGCUCGUCAGCAUGGACAGCAUAGAGGAGUCGCAGGGUGGGGGCCCCGAGGCCAGGUCGCCCAGUGUCUCCCCCACCUCGCAAGGACACCGGGCCUUCCCACAGUCCCCCUCCUCAUCCAGAGACCAAACCACGGAUGAAUUCUCGGAGGACGACGAGGAAAUCGAGGUGGACGAUUAACAGUCAGGGGCGGGCUGUGGUUUUCAUAAGCAACAACAAAAAAGAAUAUUAAAAAGGGGGCAUUUUUUCUUCCCAAACUUUUGCACGGAUAUUGACAAAAAAAAGGAGAAUAUAGGCUAUACAUAAAAAAAAAAAAAAACAUUUCAGGAAAGUUUUUUUUUUCCUCUCCUCCUCCUCUUUUUUUCUUCAUUUUAAUUUAUUAAUCGGACUUGUAAAGCUUCCAAGUCUGUCGUUUGAGUUCCACCACAAUAUUUGAGGAAUAUCUGGUUUCCUUUAAGACACCUAACUGUUAUGGUACAGUAAGACUGAAAAGUGUGUAAACAUUUGAAUUCUUCACGGUUGUUUUGAAAGGGGGUGGAAAGUUGUGCAAUUACUUUUGGUUGUCAUUUAUUCGCAUUGUUCUGUUAAAGGAAUCGGCUCUGCCAAAUAUUUAUAUCACCCUUUGUUUGUUUUUUUUACAUGCACAGCCCAGGCUCGAUGUGUCAGUCCAUCCCUCCUCCAAGUGUACUUUAUUUUUUUUCUUUCCUCUAAGCGAAAAGUGUUUCUGCAAGCAUGCAGGCCUGUUGGAAGCGCAAAGGACGCAUCAGUAUUAGUAACGACUGCAAGCUUUUACACGCUCUGAGUUCUGUAUAUAGAUCAAACAUCCUAUGCGAUAAUUUUAUUGUAACAUUCUAUUUAAUCAGCAUCUAUGUAAAUAAAGGUUAUAUGAUAUUUCAA